AUGAAUGAAGAUAUUAAGAAGAAGGAAUCAUGCGUAGAAGUAAAAUAUAGAGGAGUAAGAAAGAGGCCAUGGGGAAAAUACGCGGCGGAGAUAAGAGAUACUAAUAAGAAUGGAGCGAGGGUAUGGCUAGGAACUUAUGCUACUGCGGAAGAAGCUGCUAGAGCUUAUGAUAAAGCUGCAUUUGAAAUGAGAGGUCGUUUUGCAGUGCUUAAUUUUCCUCAUGAGUAUCCAUCUGAUCAUCAUUCUUCGUCUUCUUCAUCAUAUUCAAUGUCAUCUUCAUCAACGUCGUGUUCAUCAGUUCACAAUGGGAAUGAAGUGAUCAAAGAAGUUAUUGAACUUGAGUACUUGGAUGAUAAGUUAUUGGAGGAGCUUCUUGGCUUCGAAUCUGACAAAUCUCAUGAUCAGUAUAAUAAUUAA